AUGUCCGUCACGCUCCACACCACAAAAGGUGACCUCAAGCUCGAAAUCUUCUGCGAAUCCGUCCCCAAGACGGCCCAAAAUUUCCUCGCCCUCUGCGCAUCCUCCUUCUACAAUGGCAGUCCUUUCCACCGAUUGAUUCCAAACUUCAUUGUACAAACCGGCAGCCCCGCUUCCGACCCAAAGUCCAAAUCCUCGACCUCCAUCUACGACGACUCGCCCAACCAGCUGUUCGAGGACGAGAUACGCCCCGCGUUGCGCCAUAAUGCCCGCGGCAUCUUGAGCAUGGCAAACAAGGGUCCAAAUACAAACGGGAGCCAGUUCUUCAUCACGUUUGCGCCCGCCCCGCAUCUCGAUGGGAAAAACACAGUCUUUGGCAAACUUCUCGAGGGCGAGGAUGUUCUAGACGACUUGGAAAGUAUCGAGGUAGACAAGAAAUCGCGUCCAAAGGAAAAAGUCGAGAUCAAGAGUGUGACCAUUCACGCAAACCCACUUGCAGAUUGA